AUGUCUGCGUGGUCCAACCGCAAUCUAGCCGCGAUGCUCAAGGAGCAGAAGGCCUCUCCCGGCGCGGCGGCGUUGCUGGGAGACAAGACGAGGAACGGCGAUGUGCCGAAGCGCCCGGUGGUAUCGGUGGAGCCGGCGCCGAAGUUCACGGCUCCCACCGCGGCGGCAGUGGUGACGACUGGCUCCGAGCCCACCCCUGAGCCUGCUGCUGGACCUGAGGUGGUAUACACCCUCAUCGGCCCUGUGUCGAUGCCGCAGGCGCUUGCCAAGCUGGUUAUGCCCUCUGAGUUCCGCUUCGCAGGUACCGUCGAGGCUCGGAAGCCUGUUGCUCUGCAGCCCCCCGUGACCCGCCAGCCAGCGGAGGUGGUGCCGACGCCGGCGGUCAUCACCCCACCCAUGCCCGUCGAGGCACUUCCUGUGCCGACGGUUACGUCUUCCUCCGAUCUGCAGCGUACCCCAUCGCCGAAGCAGCAGGAGCAGCAUCACCAUCACCAGUGGAAUCCGCCACAGCCAGUGUACAACCCGUCGGUGAACGACUACGUGCCUCAGUACGAGGGUGCCCGACCGUACGGAGGCGAGCUCGGCAGCGUGCCGCUCUUCUAUAGCACCGAGAGACAGUACAACGCGCAGCCCUACCACCCAACCUACUACAACUUGUACUGCAGUGGCGGCUACAGCAGCAGCGCCAUUCAGUACGGUGAGCACGGUGACAUAUACCACAGCUAUUAUCCUGGCCAGUGUGGCUCAUACACGGGCAGCCGUCUGCAGACCCGCCCGCCGUACUACCCGCCUCGUGAUCCCCCGCCGCAGCAGAAUCCUGCGACUCAGUACAACUAA